AAUUUAUUAAAGAUUUCAAAAAAUCGUUUUCGAGCAUCUUUAAUGAAAAUUUUUCUUUUAAAUCUCAAUUUUAAAUGUUUUAUACGCGUAUUGUGAUUAUUUAGUGAAAACAUAAUUCUUGUUAGUGUAUUUAGCGUACGGUAAAUAGGCCCUAAUCUUUUCGAAUCCGAAAGUGAAAGUAAGACUAAAUUUCAGCGGUAUGUAUGAUUACAACAUGAAAGCUCGGCAUACGAGAAACAGUUGACAAUAAGGUUGGUGAAUCAAUUAUAACAUAUCGCUAUACUUUGUAGAAUUAAUUUGUAACUGCUGGACCGAGCAAAGCAGGAAAUUAUCAUCAAUGAUCAUUGGCGUGUCGCAAGUCAGUGAUAAUAGCCCUGGCGAGAAAGUCACGUAAUGCCAUCGGCCAUCAUACAUACCGGUAAUUCUGUCUGUAAUAAUAAUAGGGGUUUAUACCGUACCCCUAUAAAACGCUUUUAGCUCACCUGAGUUGAAAGCUCAAGUGAGCUUUUCUGAUCGCCUUUUGUUCAUGUGUCUGUCAGUUUUUACAUUUUCGACUUCUUCUCUAGAACCACGGGGCCAAUUUCAACCCAACUUGGCACAAAGAAUCCUUGAGUGAAGGGCUUUCAAGUUUGUUCAAAUGAAGGACCAUGUCCCUUUCUAAUGGGAGAUAAUCACAAAAAUGCAAAAAUAGGGUGGGGUCAUUUAAAUAUCUUCCUAAGAACCACUGGGCCAGAAAAGCUGAAUAUUACAUGAAAGCUUCUUGACAUAGUGCAGAUCAAGUUUGUUAAAAUGAUGAUCUCUGGGGGUAGGAUGGGGCCACAAUAGGGGAUCAAAGUUUUACAUGCAAAUACAUAGAGAAAAUCCUCUUCUCUAGAGCCACUGGGCCAGAAAAGCUGAGAUUUACACGAAAGCUUUUUGACAUUGUGAAAAUCCAAGUUUGUUAAAAUCAUGACCCCCGGGGGUAGGAUGGGGCCACAAUAGGUGAUCAAAGUUUUACAUGCAAAUAAAUAGAGAAAAUCUUUAAAUAAGAGCCCAGGUGAGCAAUGUGGCCCAUGGGCCUCUUGUUUAUUAGGGGUGGUAUGGCAUAGAGCCCUACUAUUAUUAUUACAGACAAAAUUACUGGUUCUUGUGCACUGAGAGUGAGUUAUAUAAUCUCGGCGAGAUUCAUCGAGGCUGGAUAUUUGGACUGACUCCUCUUCCGAAUCUCAGACCAAUGUCACACAAAGUGAUUCGGGAAAUAUUGCCUGAACUUCGGCCACUUGUUGCAAUUAAAAUGGGUAAAACUGAAUUUUUUGUCCGCUUUAGCUUUUUGCCUUAGACACCCUAUUACGGUAACAUUGUCUAACUAAUUAGUAUGAUAACAAAAGUUUGAACAUUAUUCGACACUAUUUUGUCCCUCACGCAGGUAGAAAUAAUAUGUACAGGCCGAGAGUGAUGUAUUUUACUGAACCCGUUUGUAUUAAACAUAUCGAACCGAAAAUCGAGGCAAUGAAUCAAACAUUGAAUCGAGCAUUUAUAUUGAACAGUAUCGAUAUUUCGGUGAAUCGUUUCAGCCCUAUUAUAUAGACCCGAACCGAAAUACCCGAAGUAAAAAAUUUAGAACCGAUCUGACCCGAAAGUUUUCGGAACCGUGACAGCCCUAGUAAGUGAUAGAGCUUCGAUAUUUCAUAUGAGUAUUCCUUGUGACAAGACCUUUCCAUGGGUACCAACAUUUUUUACCCUGUGACCUUGACCUUGGAGUUUGACCUACUUUUUGAAAACUUUAACCUUGCUAAUAACUUUUGAACAGUAAAAGAUACAGCUUUGAUAUUUCACAUGAGUAUUCCUUGUGACAAGACCUUUCCGUGGGUACCAACAUUUUUGACCCUGUGACCUUGACCUUGAAGUUUGACUUCCUUUUUGAAAACUUUAACUUUACUAAUAACUUUUGAACAGUAAAAGAUAAAUCUUUGAUAUUUCACAUGAGUAUUCCUUGUGACAAGACCUUUCCAUUGGUACUAAACCUUUUGAUUUUGACCUACUUUUAAAUUUUUUUUACAUUGGUCAUAACUUCUAAAUGGUAAAUAUUAUAGCUUUCAUAUUGUACAUGAGCAUUUCUUGUGACAGGAUCUUUCUACUGGUACCAAGAUAUUUGUCCUUGUGACCUUGGCCAUCUUUGGAAUUGGCCAUUAUCGGGGGCAUUUCUGUUUCACAAACACAUCUUGUUGAAAUGUUCGCCCAUGAUGUGCCAGGAGUGCUCACGUGGUGGUUUGUAAGAUAGUGUUGAUUUCAUCACAUAGAAUGUCGGAUACCCUGCCAGUCCCUCCAGAUAUAUCGGAGGAAUCGGAUCAUCGCUUGUGGAUUGGAAAUCUGGACUCCAGGCUGACUGAGUUCAGCUUACUGAAAAUUUUACAAAAGUAUGGAUCUUUGAAAAAAUUUGACUUUCUUUACCACAAAUCUGGACCAGACCAAGGAAAACCCCGUGGUUACUGCUUUGCCAGCUAUGAAAGUAGAAAGAGUGCAGAGCAUGCCAUGGCAAAAAUGAAUGGGAAAUUGGCACUGUCCAAACGAUUAAUUGUAAGAUGGGCCCACAAAGAUACAGCAAUUGAUCAGGAGAAACCAAAGUUGGACAUAAUAGAAAGCAGUGCAAAGGAAGAAAACAUCAGCCCUCAAAGCAAAAUCCAUGCAAUAGAAGUAAAACUGCAGAAAAUGCAAAACAACAGUGAUGUGACCCAUGACUUGAAACCAGUGCCUGGCAGCAGUCAAUUAAGUUCCAUUCAAAGAGAGGCCAGACAAAAACAGAUGGAGCAGGCCAAUGCUAAAAAACAUGCAAAGAAACCAUACAAGAGGUGACCCAUCUCUAUACAAAACAGGAUCCAAUACAUUAGUACCUCUGAAGCUAGAUGUCCUCGCACUUAGAAACGGCUUCUGAUCAAGUUUAAAACGCAACAGGAUCAAGAUUCUGAUAUGCUGAUCAUAAAUGUGCAAUUUCAAUUUGUGCUAUAGGACAGUGGAAUUAUCCUUGAAAAUAGAAAUACCUGUACAAUAGUAUUCAUCUCCUAUUUGUAAACGUGAAGAGCAAUUAUACAAAUUGCGACCUAGCUUUCUGAAAAAGCUUCAAGAAUAAUGAUAACAAACACUUGUGGAAAUUUAAUGCAAAUUAUAUUUCCGUACAAAUUAAUGGAAAGCAAAGCAAUCUAUAAUCACAAUAUAUUAGCACUUUUUAAAAGAAAAAAUGCAAAACAACAGAUUUCCUUCAAGAAAUGUACAAUCAUUUGAUAUAUCCAUUUCUUGUACAUGUAUAUGAAAACCAUGAUUUUCAUAGGCAAUAUUGUACUAAUUCAGAUGUCAGAAAAUGAAGCAUUUGUCUGUUUUA